UCUCCUCAGGGCCCUCCACGCCUCCCGCACACCUCCUGUGCUCGGCCCACACCACUGGCACCAGGCCCCGGACACCUGCUCCGCUCCAGGAGGAUGGCCACCCCUCGCCUGCUGUGGAUGGGACUGCUGCUGUUGGGGAUCCUGCAGACCCAGGCCCAGGCCACCGUCUCUGUGCAGCCUGACUUCCAACAGGACAAGUUCCUGGGGCGCUGGUUCAGCGCGGGCCUCGCCUCCAACUCGAGCUGGUUCCAAGAGAAGAAGGCGGUGCUGUCCAUGUGCAAGUCGGUGGUGGCCCCGACCGCGGACGGCGGCCUCAACCUCACCUCUACCUUCCUCAGGAAAAACCAGUGUGAGACCCGGACUAUGCUGCUGAAGCCCGAAGGGUCCCCCGGCUCCUACAGCUACCAGAGUCCCCACUGGGGCAGCACCUACCACGUCUCGGUGGUGGAGACAGACUACACGGAGUACGCCCUGCUGCGCAGCGAGGGCAGCAAGGGCCCGGGCCAGGACUUCCUCAUGGCCACACUCUACAGCCGCACCCAGACCCCCAGGGCUGAGUUGAAGGAGAAAUUCACCACCUUCUCCAAGUCCCAGGGCUUUACAGAGGACACCAUUGUCUUCCUGCCCAAAACCGAAAAAUGCAUGAAGGAGCCAGAAUAGGGAGAGGCUGAGAGGUGCCUGCACCGAUGGAUCCUGCUCUCCCGGCCAGGUGACCCCAGCCCUCGGGACCGCUCUGCUGUGCUCUUUCCUCGGAACACCAGCCCUGGCUCUCCCCAAAUCGCCUCUGUCCCCCGGCUCUGAUAAAUAAACUCCUGAAGCAAGUCAGCA